GGUUCACUAAACUCUCUGGGCAGUAUGAAUGUUGCACUAGUUGUUAUCUAAGCUAUCAAUUCUAUCUUUUAACACCUUACUCAGUCGAAUGUUGGCAUCUCUGUCAAUCAUCGGAUCAUGCUUUCACGACCAAAAAAUUAAUGGCUGUCUUUUGCGAACUGUCUAGGCAAUAGUAAGCCAACUAUUAACUUACAUAUAGCUUUAUUUGAUAUGGACCAACCACCUAUCCGAAUAUUGAGACGACCAUGUCCAGUUCCAUCUGACGUUCCUAAUACACCACAGAGGCCACCGAUAGUCACAAAAACACUUGAACAAAGGGAAGCAGACUAUGCUGCUGCUCGGAAAAGGAUCAUGGGGUCUGCCACUCCGGAGUCAACUAAGGUAGAGACUAAAGAGUUAAUAGAGUCUAAUCCAGUGAAAAUGACAGACGAUACCAACAGUGUUAUUACAAAACAGGAUAAAUCAAUUGCAUCCACCAUUCCCACGACUCAGAACGUGGAGGUUAGUGUUCAAAGUAACUCUUCGGAAAUGACAGCCAGUCACUUGUUCACUAACCACAGCGGAGUUCAACUUUCCAUGUCCCAGAGUAGCAAACAGACUCUGGAUAUCGGUGUUGGUCGAAAGCCUCAACAACAUUCACAUUCUACAUCAAACGGCAUUCGGCAGAAUUUACAACAGCGCAGUGCAACAGUGACUGCCAAUAGAUUAUCUUAUAUUCCUCCCCAUCCUCCUCUUUUUUCUUUUCAAACUGGGUACAAUAAUGUUGGCCUUCUUCCUACUCCGCCUGGCUUUCAAUGUUCACUUCCAACUGAGACGAAUAGUAGUCUGCAGCAAACGACUGCCUUUGCUUUGAUGCACCAAUUUAGUUUACUACAACAACAAUAUCAACAUACUUUAACUGGCAUUCAAAAACAGUUGGUUUCUUCUGGAUCGCACUCGUCCAACAGUUUUAAUCCUUUGAACUUUUCAUCGUUUUCCCAGUCUAACAUCAACCAGAAGUAAGUCUCAUCAACUUUUUUAUCUUGUACACAAAAACUAACAUCGUUAGUUGACUUCUGUGAUUGGUUAUAAGUUGCACUUAUCAGCUACCUGCCGUCAAACAAGUUUAUUUUUUUCACAAAACAGUUAAGUUGUUACUAUAGUCUCUGAGAAUUAAGUAUUCUAUGUCCAUACCAUAUGGUACAAAAUCUUAUUCUAUGAAACCUAAUCUGAGAGAAACACCUUUCUUUUUACAUAUUUACGCGCUCUUAAAUUCAUGAUUUCAACACAUGUUUGUUAACAUUUUAUUUUCAGAUAUACCCACCCUUCAACUUUCAAUUGAUUUAAAUUUGCAAUAGUCAGCGUGUGAAUGCGUACUUUUUUUCCAUUUCGUAGAUAUACGACCUAAUGUAAUAACUUUAACCACUCUCUGCUUUUGAUAAUUUUGUGGUCUGGUGUCAUACUCAGCUCGUGCUGUGACAUUUUGUCAACAUACAUAUUCAUGUUUCUGUAUAAAUAAAGUGCUUACAAAACAAAUGGCAUGUUUUUCCGUGCAUAUCUUCACUAUCGAAUGCGUUCUCCAAACACAUGUUGCUUUAAUUGUUCCUUACACUGGAGCUAAGAAUUGUUUUUCCACAUACAGGUGUUCUCAAUUUGUGCAAUCACCUAGUCCCCAUUGCAUGGUGAAAAUAAAUCUUUUGGGAUGGUCGAUUGUUCAAUGGCUUUAUAACUGUAGGGCGUUUGUGUUCAGCGUCUGUGAUCGUCAGUUUAUUACUUAAUCUAUUUUUGCCGCUGACUAGAAUUUUUCUUCAUACCGUUUAAUAUAAAAAAGCUGGGAACAUGCAACACUUAACUUUCCAAUGCCUAGAUACUGCUACGGAGUAAAUGAAGCAUAGCAAAUUUAAAGUAUGCUUGGAUUUAGUUCUUAAUACUAAGGUGCCACUAAGACGCUGAACAGUUGUGAUUUGCAACCAUUGGUUCGUAACUUUUCAUGAAAUGGCUCAAAAUAGCUCAAGUGAAUCUACUAUCUUCUCUUUGAUCUUGAGUUUAUGAAUUCCGACGUCAGGUUCUUCGUUGUGUUUGACUGACGAACUGGUUAGUGUCUGACUGUUAAUCGGUGUCGUGGCGGUUCAAAUCAACCUUUGACGAUAUCACGGUUUACCAGUCCUUCUGAAGAUCCUCACUAGUGAUCGGCGUCUCAAGGGAUACGAUUACGAUCCCAACGUACAUCAGGUGAUUUCCUGCUAAUAAUGGUUGGAUAAACCAUCGCUAGCACUCAUUGACUGUUUUGUUCUGUAACUCUCAUAUAUCUCAGAUUUCGUAUAGUUAGUCAGAGUCACAGUGGUGUUAUGCAACCAUGUAGUUGUGCACAACUAUGGACGUAUAAGUAAAGUUUCUCAGUACUUCUACUUGUACUACUAAUUGCCGAAUCAUCAUAAUCCGUACGAACAUUUAGCAGUUUUGUGACUAGGCCCAAGUUUUUUGCUAGGCACGGAUAGUCUUAUCAUCAGUUAUGCAUUCUUUAACACUGGACCAAAAAUUCCAGGUUUGUGUAACUGGCCCGGCCAAACAGCUCGGUAGUCUUACCCACUCAACACCAGUGUUGUCCGAUCUGGCGGCUGUAUCUCUUAGGUUCUACUUCCGAAAAAGCCAUCUUCAAAGCACUAAAUCGUUGAGAAAGACUGCAUGGUAUCUGGGGUCUACUGCAUUGGUCGAUACUAGAUGACCGACCCCAUGCCCUGAAUAUUAUAAUUUGCAAAGACACAAACGUAAACCAACAAUGAGUCUGUGCAGUAAUUGUAACCAGUGAUGGAGUGAGAAAAAUGGAAAAGGCAUCGACGGUCAGUAACGCCAAACAACCCGAGCCUAUCAGGCAAAUAUUCGAAAACCGAAUGAGACUAUCUCUGAGGAAUUCCGCAUCGUGACCUCAACCCAGAUGAUGGGAAUGACAGACGGAGCAUCUGAGUAGUUCAACUGGCCUCCGGCUACCUACUAUUAACAGACAACGUUCAUAGGAGGUCAACAUAAGUCCAUAGCUAAGGACGUUAAGAAUGCUAUAGCCAGGCUGAAGUAAGGGAGUACGGAACUAUGGUGAACUAACUUAGAUAUUGUUAGGAUUUUAUGUCUUGGUUUUAUCACGUGAUUUGUCCACCAAUCAAAAUACGACUUAUACAAUCUUAGCACUGUGCCAAAACCAAUGACGUUCGACCGGUAUGAGCAAUCUAGCGUCCUUAUUCGUCCUAUGUCCGUCUACCCCGUCCACUUGAGUCCAGAACACAAUACCAGCUUCUGCAAUAUGAAUCGAAUCGUUUAGUUCAGACAUACUCGGUUUAUAUAUCAACCAGACAGACCACAAGGUACCAUAAAAUAGAAAAUAACAUUUGUACAAUACUUGGCUAAAUGUGGUUGUGAACGUGGGAGGUAGUAGUCAAUAAACUGAACAUAACUUAAGAACCGUAAAUCGUACAAUAAUAAAUUAUAGGUCAAAAUAAAGCUUAUAAAAAGAAGAAUAUAAAUAUACAUAAUCUAGUUACUGAAUAGUUUUACCAUAAGAAUGCAUAGAUAAUACCAGUCAAUUAAUACUCCUCGGAAGUUACCCGUAAUUUAAUGUUCGCUCGGAUAUACUAAUGUGUUACUGAUGUCGAUGGAUAUAAGUAGCAUGUAUCAUCAUCAAUCGAAAGUGAAAUAAACUUAAGAACUCGUCCUUGACAAUUUCUGUACAACGUAUUAAAUGCUGUAAUAAUGUGAAAUAAUAAAGUGAAAUACCCUGAAGCGGAAUGUUAAUAAGAUCGAAGAGAACGAGUACAAAGAAUAAUUGGUGUGGAAACGGAAGAACAAUGAAAUCUGAGACGAUUGACUGACAUUUUACAACUGAAGUAUUUACUAAAUGGUUCUUAGAUUGAAUAGUUACACCAUAAGAAUAGAUAGAUAAUAUUAGCCAAUUAAUGUCUCAGAAGUUUCUCGUAAUUUAAUCUUCGCUCGGAUAUAACAUAUGCCUAUGGGGAUAGCAGUCCAGUUUUACCGGUUGGCACCAGUCAGUCGCAUGCAAUAUGAAACUUGACAUGUGUUUGGUUCAAGUUACCAUUCCUUACCAGCAUACCGAGAUAAAACUACUACAACACAUGACAGUAACACAUCGGAAUCAGUACAAACAGAAAAAUAUAGGUCUAGAGAAAUGUCUAAGAAGGUUUCGAGAUUCAGUUUCUAGGAGUGAAUGCACUUAAACGAUUGCAAGCCAUAUCACCCGGAAUUUCCAAUCACUUGUUACGAUGAUCGUGUGGAUCUGAACAAGUUAGUCUGCACCUAAAUAUACACUUCCGUCCAACAGUCACAGAACCCAUAGACUUAUGCUUUGUCUUAGUUUGGCCUCGUCAAGUUACCAAUCCGCUCUUACACCAGGAAUCAUCACGCGGCGAGGUAGAUGGUGGCUAGACGUAUGCAAUAUGUCCCAACCAUCGUAAUCGACGAAGAUUCGCAAACUCACCAACCGGUUUUCCAUUUAUACCUAGUACUCUGUAUCUAACCUCAGAAUUGCUAACUCGAUAGUCCUAAGAUAUACUAGCUAUGGUUUGAAGGCAUGUUUGAUCGAAUACUGACAACCUACAAAUUCAAAGUUCAUGUUUCUUAUUAGCAAAGCCAACCGCUGAGCAGCAAACUCGUCCUUUCUUUGACAGAUAGAUAUCUCACCUAGUCUACAGGUGACGCAAAUUGACGAAGGUUAACCGACCUUUCUGAUUCCAUGUCCACAUUUUGUCGGACACCAAACCCUCAAGGCUAAUGAAACUUUGACAAUAAGUGAAGCUAAAAUACUGUAUUCCCUUUUGCCGAUUCAGAUGUUGUUGUAAACCACUCCUGAAGCAAUAGUUUGCAUUUAUAGUGAGAGGAACGCAUUCCAAAAAUGCAUUGUUGCUUCAGGUGGUUGGAAGACCCCACAUUUUGCAAGCAUCUUCACCAUGUAAGACUUUCAUCCGCAUAAUCUAAGUUGACAAGUUAACAUCUGGUGGUAGAUCAACCCCUAGAAAGUCAAGCGAAACUUUAUUUCUGGUAGGAGAUCUAUGAAGAAAUUAAGACAGUUAGUGGAUAAACAUGACGAAUACCACUCAAUAUUAACAGUACACCGUAAGCUUAUACUUAACCAAAAGCAUUUGACAAAAUUCUACACAAGUUUAAUUUACUUUGGUAUGCUUUUCAAUGGCAAACUUCGACACAGAUAAUCUCGUUCUGCAGAGUCGUCAGUCAGCUACAACGUAGGACCAGUCACAUGUAUGCAUCGGUCCAAGUUGCCAUACCUCAUUAACACAACAAGACGGACACCGGAUUCAUAAAAGUAGUUGAUUCAGUGGUAAUAUAUAAAAGAAAGAUUGCAAUAAGGAUAUAGUACGGGAAGAAAGAAUUAGUUCAUAGAAAGAAAGAUAUGAAGCGAUUUAAUCUUAGUUUAAGGGAAGACAGACAGUGUAUACACCGACGCCAUUCUGAUCGAUUCUGAGCCAUGUCACCAAGAGUCUCCAACCAUUGGUUACG